UGGUCGAAAUCGAUGUUCGAUGAUCACCGUUACAGGAAUAACCGCCAAAAACUGUACACAACAAAAAGCCAUAAAGUUUUCCGGCGGUUUUUUAGCCCUUCCGUUAUCAUCAAGUUUCCUCCUCGUGUUUCCCGAAAAUUUGUGUGAAGGCAAGUCACUUAUGGACUGAACGGUAGCUUGUUUGCACUCUGCAGUAUCCUGUUUCACCCUGUUCAAUUUGUGAAUUUGUUACAACUUAAUUCCACCAUGGAUGGUUAUAUUAAAAUUGAAAAGAUUGGGGAGGGUACUUAUGGUGUCGUUUACAAAGGGAGAUGCAAAAAGACUGACCAGAUUGUGGCCAUCAAGAAAAUUAGAAUGGAAGGAAAUGAUGAAGGUAUUCCGUCUACAGCCUUGAGAGAAGUCACACUGCUCAAAGAAUUAGACCACCCCAACAUUGUCAGUUUGUAUGAAGUUCUAAUGGAAGAAAAUCGAAUGUAUCUAGUUUUCGAAUUUUUAACGAUGGACCUCAAGAAAUUCUUGGAUUGUCAACUGCCCAACAGCAAAAUUGACACAAGUAACACAGUUGGAAAGCUGGACACAAUGCUGAUGAAAUCAUAUUUGUAUCAGAUCACACAAGCAAUCCUGUUUUGUCACAAAAGACGUAUUCUCCAUAGAGAUCUCAAACCUCAGAAUCUACUUAUUUCCAGCAAUGGUAUGAUUAAAGUUGCCGAUUUUGGACUGGGGCGUGCUUUUGGAGUGCCAAUUCGAGCUUUCACACAUGAGGUAGUCACCUUAUGGUACAGAGCACCAGAAAUUUUGCUUGGAACUACUCUGUAUGCCUGCCCUGUUGAUAUCUGGUCAAUAGGUUGUAUCUUUGCAGAGAUGGCCAUGCUCAAACCCUUGUUCCGUGGUGACUCAGAGAUAGAUCAGUUAUUCAGAAUAUUUGGGAUCCUUUCAACCCCAAAUGAACAAAUCUGGCCAAAAGUUUCACAACUUCCAGAUUACAAACCCACAUUCCCGAACUGGACGACCAAUAUUUUGGCUCAGACAGUGAGCAAACUCGAUCCUGUCGGACUUGAUCUGCUGCAAAAAACUUUCAUUUAUGAUCCUGCCGAAAGAAUUAAUGCUCGAGAUAUGAUCCAUCACAAGUAUUUUGAUGACCUCAAAGAAGCAAAUGUCCUUCCAAAAUCAGAUUUGUAUGAAACAUGAACUGUGUGACCUUUCCUCCUUAUUUAUACUCGAAUUUAGAGUUGCUCAUAAUCUUCUCCUUCAAUACUUCCUCUCUGAUUUUAGUUUCUUGUUAACUAUUCAAAGGCUCUCUAUUUUUUUACAACUGAACCGCAUUCGAACAAGGAUCUAAAUGCAUACUGUUUUUAUUUUUCAUCACUUUUGUAAUCAUGAAUUGAAAUCAUUAUCCUAGUAUUCUGCCAAUGAGAUAGCUGUGUAAUGACACCCCUAAUUGCAAGUACUACCUAUCGAUUAAUAAGUAGAAUCAUUAUUAUUUAAGUAUCCUUUGAAUGCUAAUUUUCCGAGAAAAUAAAUACGUAACAAUACUGUUUUUAUUAGUCCAAUUUCGAAUUUUUUUAAACAUAGGGUAGUUUUAAGGAAGCAGGAAAGUAUUUGUUAAAUGUUCUCUUUUUAUUUCUAAAAAAAAGUUACCAGGGUAUCUCAGUUUCCCUUCAGCAGGUGUGCUUAAAGUUGCUUGGUGCAAACACCCACUAGCAAUCCUCAGCUACUUUAGAUGUGUCAUAUUACACAGCCUGGUGGCAGUCGUUUUUUUAACUUAAAAAAUGUGAGGCUGGCAAUAAUUUUUACAAAAAUCAAAGCACCCGUAGUUUCCAAGUACAAUAAUGAAACAUAAUUUUCCGGAGCCAUACUAGACCAAAAAAAAUAAAAUAAAAUAAUUAUUUUUUGAAAAAAUCAUAAGAUCUAAAAUAUUCAAAGUCCGAACUUAACUCUCAUUCCUCAGUUAAUAAAACAAUCACGAUCAUUAUUUGAUUGCAAGAAACAUUGCAAACAAGAAAUAAAGAGACACUAAAACUUCAAGAAUGCGUAUCUCUUUUGCUUUGUUUCAUAAUGGUGACUGCUGUUUUAUUGUACCAAAGGAGAAUAAACCAAUGCCAGUGCUUGGAAUUUUCUAUGAAGUUUCUUCCUAUAGAGAAGAAAAAUAGAGAAAUUUUCCAGAUAUAGUGUCGAGUAUUUUCCCAUUUGAAAUGCAAGUAUAGGAUAACAAGAAGUCUACACAGUUGCAAACCAAAGAACGUGUUUCUACUGUUUCACUGUCGAUGCACAUAAAUAAAUAUCAUAGAAUUGAAGAUAAAUGAAGCCGAGGUAAUUUUCAUAUGACUGCUAAGAAUAGCACUUUUAAUUGGUGAAGACAUAUUCUUUCGGGUGCAACCUGGAGUAAAAGUUGUAACCACCAAUUGGCGAUUCGGCAGCUUGGUUUAAAGACGUCAGCAGCAAUGGGACCGAAAUCAUUUACCAUUGGUAAUAGUAAUUGCACCUGUAGCGGCAGAAAAAUAUCUUAGGUAUUCCUGGAAAGUUAUAGACUGUAAGUUACUCUUACACCGCUAAGUUCUAGUGCUAAGUUUUCAGCGGUAAACACAGUUCACCUUACUAGAGAUUUCUCAUCAAACAAAGAACACUCUUAGUACCUGCUCUUAGUGCUCUGGGUAAAGAAGAUGAGAGGAGUUUAUAAUGGUUCAAAUUCGUAGCACUUAAAACACACGAUGCGACUCAUUCCGAAAAUUGCCUCUAUUUAUUUUUGUGUAUUGAAUUACGAAUGUAUUUUAAGUAAUGUCACAGUUCAACUGAGGUUUUUUGAUUUCAUGGUUUUGUUCCCUCUUCCGUCAACUGCUGUCUUUUGUAUAAAUUACCCUAUCGUAAGUAUUUCCUCACUGCGCCUUCAUGUUUCUAUCUCUGUCUUUAUCUUGAAUCAAUUUGAAUAGAACAUGUAAGUCACAUAUCAAUUGAAUAAAUACCUGUAUUAUAAUGA